GUCCGGUGCUGUGUUUGCCCACUGAUCCUGCUCUGUAACUAAUCAUUUACUCUCAGAGACUGGGUAUAUUAAAACUUAUCCCAAACUAGAGUGCAGGUUACUUACCUCCACAGAUCGCUCAAGUCAAACUGGAACCACAGCAUUAGAGUCCUAGCGUUUCAUAUUCAAAUUUUUGGAAAAGACUCAUUCGUCAAUCAUUCAAAGGGCUGCAGCUUAAGAUGACAACCCAUCAUGCAUCUCUCUCUCAUGACCCUGUAGACCAGUUUGGGGAAACUCUGAGGUCAGAACAAGGGGUUCAGCUGAAGAGCCGAGGGGCAAAGGACCUGCGGAAGCCCAGACCACCACCACUUGUAGUGAAGGGUGCAGAAUUGUCACGUCGCAACUCCAUGCUCAGUGUCAACCUCAGCUCCCCAUUCCUGCGCCGGGAGUCACUGACCAUAACCAAGCACCCAUCUCCCGGAGCAUGGGUACACUCAAGCCGGCUCAGUUUCUCUGGCUUGCCCAUACAUCAGCCUCCACGUGAGAUCCGCCUAGAGAACACUUACAAGACCGGGCCAGAUGACAGCUGUCGAUUUGACGCCAACCACAUUCAGCGGAUCCUACAGUCAGCAUUGGAUGGCUUCUUGGGUGAUGCCUUAUACUCUGCAGCUGCUGGGGGCCAACUGAGCCGGACCCUAUCAGAACGCCUGCGGAGCCAAAUCCGAGACAUCAGUCUGCCACGCUACAAGCUCAUCUCCUUCGUGGUAGUGGGCCAAUGCAGUAACCAUGACCUCCAGGUGGCCAGCCGCUGUCUGUGGGACACCCAGACAGACAGCUCUGCUGUUGCGGUUUUCCAAAACUCUUCCCUUUUUGCUGUGGCUAUCAUUUAUGGUGUGUAUUUUGAGUGAAACAGGCAGCCAGGGAGGUGAAUUGGUAGUUCACAUCUAGACCAUCCAUAUCAAUAACUUGCCUAAUGUAGAGUUGCUAUAGUUCAGAGUCUAUCCUGCAAGCAUAGGGCAUGGAGCAGGGUAAACAUGGACAGGUCUCCACUAUGUUACAGAGCAAUCACACAGACACAUUCACAUGCUUUUGGCAACUUAGCAUCGCCAGUUCACCUGAAAUAAAAAUCUUUGGGCUCUAAUAGGAAAGACAAACGCAUGGGAUUGAACUAGUUUAU